AUGGGAGGUCAGGAUGCUGUGAGUUGUAACACCGAGGAUACCAAUCCUCGUGCGGAUGAAGCUUUGCAGUUAUGGGAACAAGGUGCUGCAAAAGAGCAGGCCGGAUCUCUGAUGGAUGCCAUCAAUUUUUAUAGAAAGGCAUUGAAAGUUCAUGAUGGUGUCGAGAAACUGUAUCGAAAGAAGUUACAGGAAGACUAUAUGCUGCAACAGAAACUAGAAGCUUUGAAUUUAAAUGAUAAGAGCAAUGAUCAUACUGAAAAUACCAGCGAUGUCAAUGGUACAAGUGAGGAAGCAGGGCCUGUAGAUCCAUGUUGGAUACUGGAAAUGCUACCCGAUGAUAUACUACUACAAAUAAUUAAGCAGGUAGUUUAUAUGUCAGGUGAAUCAUGGGUGAAUUUAUCAAAAACAUGUGCAUCUUUCAAUAAGCUAUGUUUUCAUAAUAGUUUGCCCUACCAAGCAUUUGCCGAUUAUAUUUAUCCCAAGCAGGUGUAUGACUCCGAGACUUUACAAAUGAAUAAAGUCACAGAUAUGAAAUCUUUUACUAAAGAGAUAUGGGGUGAUGAUGCAAAGCAAAUGAUAUGCAACAGGCCCUUCAUAAAAUACCAUGGUAUUUACAUUAGUGUCGUUAAUGUAGUACGGUAUGGGGCAAAUGAUGAGGGUUCUUUGUCACUCAUGAAUCCCAUUCAUAUACUGACGUAUUAUAGAUACUUCAGAUUUUAUCCAGAUGGUUCUUGUCUAAGACUGUUGACUACAGAUGAACCGAGUUUUGUAGUUAAGCAUUUCUCUAAGGAAACACCUAUUAAAGAUUCAGAGAUUUGUAGGUGGUCAUUAGGUUUCGAUUAUGAUUUUGGACUUUUGCAUAUUACUAGAACAUCGGAUAAGUAUGAGUUUCAUGAAAAGUUUGUAAUAAAAAAUCAAGGAAGAAAAAAGCAUCACCAAUUAGCUUGGCUUUCUUCGGUUGUUAUUGAUAAUGAAGGUGUGGAAAUGGAAAAUUCAUUGAAAAAUGAAAGAGCCUUUCAUUUUUCAAGAGUGAAAUCUUAUGAAAACUCACUAUAG